AUGAAGAGUAAACCGCUUAGGUCUUAAACACUGGAGUGUUAAAAGCGUUUGAAAUGUUAUUAACAAAUAAUUACGGUUAUGUAAUUCAAAGAGAAGUAAAUCAAAUUUAUAUUCAAGGUCUGUUGGUCUUUGUCUAAUAUUGCUGCUGAUACUCCAGCUUAAGUAUAUUAAAUUCUCAAAAAAUGAUUCACUCUUAAAGCCUUAUUUAGAUAAUUUUAAUAGGGAGACACUUAAAUCUUCAAAGAAAUCUCAUAUAUUCUAUCUAAUUUAAUUAGUUAUACAGAUUUAAACAGUAUAGAUCAUUUUAUAAUAUAAUAUGAUUUCUUUUAAAAAAUAUCAAUUAUGCUAGACAUGGAUGAUGAACCUAUAACACGAAUACUUCUAGAAUGAAUUUAAAAAAAAGUAAAAUUGAUAUUAUAUGAAGUUUAAAAGAAUGCAAAAUUUGUAAGUGUAUAAGUAAUAGAUGGAAGAUUCAAAAAUUAUUGAAAAAGUUAAAAUACUGUAAAAUUAUGAAGCAGAUGAAAUUUCUGAGUAGGCAAAUGAAAUUUUGA